AAAAAGAAUGCUCAUUUGUAAUUUGUUCAUUGUUGUGCAAAUAAUACCUAAUUUUUAUUUAUCUAAAUAAUAAUAACCUUAACUUUUAAAAUGAGUUUAAAUCACCAUAUCACUAAAAUAUUUUGUGAGUUCCAGAAAAGUAUUGAUAAUGAACAAGAAAUCCGCGAAGUUAUAAGAAGUAUAUGUAAGGAAGUUGAUCAAAUUUCCCGUGAAGCUACAACAACAUUGCAAGUAAUACACCAUGAUGAAGCAGAAAUACCAGCCGCCUGUUUGAAAGCAAGGGAGUUAUUUGAGAAAGCUAAUGCAGGCUAUGUGAGGCUUCGAGAAGCUGUGCCUGUGACGGAUUAUUACAAAUACCAAGACCACUGGCGCUUUAUGACACAGCGGUAUUGUUUCCUGAUCUCUCUGACGAUAUGGCUUGAGAAGGGCAUUCUGGCCUCUCAUGAAACCGUCGCUGCAAUACUUGGCAUCAACGCUGUCGAAAACAAAGAGGGAUUCCAUCUUGAUAUUGAAGAAUAUUUGGUUGGAUUACUUCAACUAUGCACAGAAUUAUCUCGCCUGGCUGUGAAUGCAGUAACUCGUGGUGAUUAUAACAAGCCAUUGCAGAUCUCCAAGUUUGUGAUGGAACUGAACGCCGGCUUCAGAUUACUUAAUCUCAAAAACGACCACCUUCGCAAGCGGUUUGACGCGUUGAAGUAUGAUGUCAAGAAAAUAGAGGAAGUUGUCUAUGACCUUAGUAUAAGAGGACUGUCAAAUAAGAGCCAAGAUGGCGACUCGCCUGUUCAAGACUAAUUAAAUAGUUCUAAGUUG